AAGCAUUUGGGUUUUGACCGAUAUGAUGGUGAGUAAAUGAUGACAAAUGAUUUUUUGCGAAUCUGUCCCUUUAAACUGAACAUCUGCAGUACCGCUAUAUGCCCACUGGGGGCGCCUGCAGCUACUGAAGACCGUGAAUGUUACCGGACAAGUAGCAAAUAAUGGCGAAGAUCGCGUUUGUAAUGUAAGAAGUAAUAUUAUUAUAUUUCUGUGGAAGAAAUACCAUCUAACUGCCUUAAAAUACUAGAAAACCUAUAUUCUAAACCUGCGUUGUAUCUUUGUUUACCAGUGACCUUGCUGUCUCCCUGACUGCUUCUGUUCUAUUUAUAAUGCUACUUAACAGCAAAGUCGAGCUACAUUUCUUUACCUCUAAAAGACAGAAAUAUUGUGAUUAAUCCAGAAAGCCAAAGGAAUGGAUGCGUGCUAUCACAGGUCUCCCAGCUCUAAGUCUCUGCUAUGAUCUCCCAGAUAACUCCUUCUCUAUACCUGAGUGGAGUGGAGGCCCUGAACCAAUCAGCGUUGGCCCGCAGAGGCAUCACUUUGAUUGUGAAUGCUUGUUCUGAGUAUCCCUGCCCAGAGUACCAUGGGGUGGAAUGCAUCUCCGUCCCUGUAGAGGACCGACCUCAUGCCCCUCUGGACCUGCACUUUGAUAGCGUCGCUGAGAGGAUCCACCAGAACCACACUGGAAGCUCACUGGUGUACUGCUCGGCAGGUAGAAGCAGGUCACCAUCUCUGAUCAUGGCAUACCUCAUGAGGUUUGAGGGAGUCUCGCUGCUUCAGGCUCAUCAGCGGGUUCUCUGUGCACGGCCCUUCAUCCGCCCGAACGCAGGCUUCUGGAGGCAGUUGCUUCAGUACGAGAGGAAACUGACCAACACCAAUAGCAUCAGGAUGGUGGCCACCUCACAAGGGGUCCUACCAGAGGCCACCCAGGUCACACAGAACUCUUCAUUCUGCCUAAAUGUAUAAGUGAAGACUCACUUUGAACAGAUAUUGGCUGCAAAAACUAAGGCUGCUGCCUUACUGCCCAUUCAGCGCAUUCGAACAGUUCUUUCACACUUUCAGAAAUCAGAAUUUAUGCAUUUUUUUUAAACGUUUGUAUUAAUAUAUAUUUGUCAAAGAAUAAUCUUUAAUAUUCCCACCCCGGCCCACACUUGGCCACAGCACUGUUUUUUAAUUAUUUAUUGUAAAUUAUAACAUUAUGCUUUGUGGGGCCUGACUACCACACCUGGAGUCGCAAGUUCGAAUCCAGGGCAUGCUGAGUGACUCCAGUCAGGCUUCCUAAGCAACCAAUUGGCCAAGUUGCUAGGGUGGGUAGAGUCAUGUUGGGUUAACCUCCUCAUGGUUGCUAUAAUGUGGUUCUCUUUCUCGGUGGGCCGCGUGGUGAGUUGUGCGUGGUUGCCGCGGAGAAUAGCGUGAAGCCUACACAUGCACUAGGUCUCCGCGGUAACGCGCUCAAAAAGCCACGUGAUAAAAUGCGCGGAUUGAUGGUCUCAGACGUGGAGGCAACUGAGAUUCGUCCUCUGCCACCUGGAUUGAGUCACUAUGCCACCACGAAGACCUAGAGGGAAUUGGGCAUGCCAAAUUGAGGAGAAAAGGGGAGAAAAUAAAAAAACAAAAACAAAACAAAAACAUUAUGCUUUGUGUUACAGUACUGUGGAAAAGUCUUAUGCAUAUAAGAUGUUUCACAAAAACAUUUGUCUUAAGAUGGAUAUUUAUAUCUUCAGCUUUAGUGUGUCAAUAGGAAAUAUUGAUACAGAUGUCAUGGCCCCCACAGUGCCCCCCACUGAACAUCGAGUCAGUCUGGGAUUACAUAAAGAGACAGAAGCAAUUGAGACAGCCUAAAUAGAUAGAAGAACUGUGGUGAAUUCUCCAAGAAGCUUGAAACAUCCUAUCUGCCAACAACCAAGAAAAACUGUGUCCAGGUGUACCUAGUAGAAUUGGUGCUGUUUUAAAGGCAAAGGUGGUCACACCAAAUAUUGAUUUAGCUUUUUUAUGUUUACUGGACUUUGUAUGACGUUAAUUAAUAAAUUAAAACUAUUUAUAGCAUUAUUUUUUGAGGACAUCCUCACUAUGCAAUAUUUUGCACAAGUGCCUAAAACUUUUGCACAGUACUGUAUAUUACCCUGGAACUGAAUAAAUAAUGAAAAAGCUAGUUACCACAGCUACGAUGGGGUUCCUAUUGAAUCCUCGUUUUAUGCUGAAAAUAGCACGUUAUGAUUCCAGCUCUGAAUAUCCUCCAGUCAUGAUCACACACAGGCGAUGUCCAGGAAGAUUCAUCCACCAGAAGAGCAGUGCUGAAACACGACUGACGUAAAGUGUUCUUCUGCACAAGGACUAAAAACAGUUCAAGAAACAAAAAACUGAAAACGUACAAAGUGCGUUCCGCAAACCGGAACAAAGUGAUUUUCAGUUGUUCUGGCAUUAUUUUUAAAUGCUGGUAACCAGUUAUAACCGGUUAAUUUUGUUCUGAUCAUUUUUUAAUGAAACUAAAGGCCAAAGGUUUAUCACAGUACAUUUUUAGAACAACACCAGUUCAUGUUGCCCGAAAAAAUGAAACUUGUUUUGAUCCUGAAGGAAACUGCUGCAUCACAGAUUUCUAUACCUAAUUGCCCGUUUUUGAUGUUGCAUUCUCUAAAUGAAGACCUUUUUAACAACUAUGUAUAAUAUAUACAGUACAUGCACAUCUAAUCCAGGUACAAUGAAAAUAUUAUUAGCGGUUAAAAGUACAUUUCUCAGGUGUUUCCAAGUCUUCACUGAAUUCACUGAAUUAUUGUUAGAUAUGAUUCAUUAAUACAGAUUUGAUGAUGCCGGGUUUUGACUCAGAAGCAGAUCUGUAAAUAAAAUUAUACUUAACUGUUAA